AUGCUUAUUCGUUCAUCAUUUUCUGUACUUUUAAUAUUUAGUCUUUUUAUUCAUACAUUAUAUGGUAUUAAUCCAGCAUAUUUUCAACGAUAUAAUCAACGACAACAAAUACAAACAUUAAUUGAUGCCAUUCAACAACAAUUAGAUGAACAACAUAUAAAUUCAGCUUCAUCUGAAAUAAAUCAAAAUAAUAAUUAUGAUGAUAAUAAUGAUGAAGAUGAACAAUAUAUAAAACGUAAUAGAUAUCCAAAUUUUCAUGUUAGUCCAUUAUGGUUAUCUCGUCGUACACGUACAAAUCGUUUUUAUGGAAAACCAUUAUGGAUCUCCCGAACGGGAUAA